UCUAGCUGUGCCACGCAUAUGGUGUACAGCCGGGUCAAGCUCACUCCGUCCACUUCUUACUAGUACAUGUAUGUACAAUGUAGGAGGCAAUCCGUUGGGAGACAAAAAAAGAGAGCUUGGGUCUAUUUUCAGUAGCUUGAGUCUUGAGAGGCAAUUCUCCGCAAUGCGCACGUGCCAACUGUUCAUACAAAGAUGCCUGCACGUGGUACUUUGAUCCAAGGCACGGCAAUUACAUUAUGUACAUGUGCUCGGAAUAUAUUUGUACCAGCAGUUUCUCCUGUUCAAGGUGACGCACUCUCCUCUGCUCAAAGACAAGGCCAGAAGUGAUCGCUUUGCCAGAAGAGUAGACACAGCAGUUGGAGAUUGUUUUCCAAAACGACGGCUCGCGUCCGUUGUGUUUGCUUUCAAGUAGAGAGUGCUUAGUACCGGUGAUCUCACCAUCAUCAGCUACCUCCAUGACAGGUACGGAGCAUUUCCAUAGCCGAAGUCCGACUGCCUUGUCUAAACGAAUGUCGAUACGUCGCGAGCUACCCUUGUCCAGGCUGCUUCGCUUCAACCUCUCCGAACUUUGGCCCAGAUCUACCCAUUCCGGACAGGAAACGUGCUGCAGGGGAUAGAUACCUCUGUAAAGUGAGUACUGAGUGAAAUUGUAACUCCCGGUGACAGAUUAAUCCAACCGUGACUGUGAGAACGCUCUACCACACAAUAUUGGUGAAUUAUUUCGCUGAUAUUGCCAAACUCCACUCCCAACAUCAAGUCUCGUUCGGUGGGGGAAAGCAACACGAAAGGUGCGUCAUUCAAGGCAUUCUCAUUUCUUUGAGAAGAAUCCUCCAUUACUGGCAUUUGUGGCUGACGUGAUAAAAGAACAAUCAUGCAAACUCAGCUUCCAUCACUCGCACGAAUGAGUACUGAUUUUGACGGGAAUGUGCCACUAGCAGAGAACACAUCGGCUGAUGUCCAUCAACACAUUACUACUGUCACCACUGGGCGAGGGCUUGGCCAUGCGAACGUGUCACAAAGGUUUCUGGGUCUCGUGCUGAGCGACCCAGUCAAAUUGCAGGAACUCUACUCGUUUGCCAAGAAGAGAGAGCUACACUCCAGGUCGAGACGUAGACGGGAACGCAAGCAUCCAUCUCUGAGUCGCAAAGAUGCCAGCCGCCACAAAUCGAAUAGCCACCCUGAUGCUGGGACCGUGACCAGCCUGAGAACAGAGCCUCGACCUCCGCCUGGCCGUAAAUCGCGUUCUCGGAGCACGUGCCCAAGGCAGCAGCGACUGUCAUCUGAGAUCCUACCAACACUCCAGUCUGAGUCAGGCAGUGACAAUACAGUGCACGCGGCUGGAAUGUAUUCAUGGCAGCCACUUGAACAUGACGUGCGCGCAGGGGCCAUGGCAGAUGAGCCAGCAGCAGCAGACGCGAUCGUCCAAACCACUACCAGUUCUCUAGCUGAGCUGUUGGAGGUCUCGCAGGGGAGAUUGGGAGUUUCACCUGCUGAUGCUGCAUAUUGUGGACCAACAUUAGGCCCUCCAGUUUUUGCGGAUCACAUGCCAGCGUACACCGCCAUGACUAGCAACAGCACCAGCCGAAGAAGCAGCAGCAGCAGCAGCAGCAGCAUGGCCGCCAAUGCCGCCAGCAGCAACACCAUCGGAGACCAGCAGGGCUUGACCAGCGUCACAGUACCUAUGUCCAGCUCCAGAACCAGCGACUUCAGACUCGGACACGACGUUCCCCGGCACGAGGGCGACGUCUCCGGUCGCAUUCCGUCCUUUUGGGAGUCGGGCGGAAAUCCGGGAAUUCCCCUCUCCGCUACCAGCUGGCCUUCGGACGCCAUCACUGCAGAAUACAUUGCUGACUCGCCGAUGAGCUUGAACGGAAUUGAUAUGCUGAGUCACAACAAGGAAGCUCACAAUGGGGUGUCAAUCAUCCCAAUGUCGUCUACAAACGCUCUUGGUGGUGGUAACCCUGACAACGGUAGCUAUGGAGACAUGUCCCUCUUCGCCUGCGACUUUAUGCGAACGCCAUCACAGGCGCUCCCGGGCCUGGCAUGGGCGCCACCGACUCCACCCGAGCCGAUUUACACACCCAGUUCCGGCUCCGGCGCCGACUGGGAUCUGGAGUCCAUAAUCAGCGCAGGUCCGAACGUCCAAGGUGCGAUCGACCCCGGAGUACCAGCUCCGAUCGAGGAUUGCUCACUUCCAUCUUCGUGCCGCUUGCGUCUGGCCAGGAAGAUUUGCCAGAACGCAAGUAUGGUGUCAUCUUCCCUGGACACUACCCAAGGCCAGUGAUUCAGGGAUCCAGGGAUCCAGUGAUCCAGGGAUCCAGUGAUCCAGGGAUCCAGUGUUCCAGUGAUCCAGGGAUCCAGGGAUCCAGGGAUCCAGUGUUCCAGUGAUCCAGUGUGAUCAUCACUCACCGGAUUACCAGCAGAACCAGCCAUGUACACUGUACAUGUAUGCCCCUGUUUUCAAUAAACUUGCCCUCAUUUUUUUUCCCGAUGCGUGAAGUAGGCGAGGAUGCCAAGACCAUUGGCUUCCAGUGCCCCAUCGCCACACCUUUCCAGCACCAUUUAUUAACUUUAAAGGUAUUGUUAGUGCGUUGUUUUUGUCAUUUCUUCCUUUUUUUUAACCAAUUGGGUGCGUGGUUUCCAGUAAAAACACAUACUUCAGUAUAUGUAUGUCGUCUCCCGAUCACGUGCCGAAGGGUGUUUUCCACUAAUGCAAAGCAUUAGAUGCUUUAUCAUCCAAUAUUUCUCUCUCUCUCUCUUUCUCCCACUAUCUAUACUCGCGUGACAUGCACCUCCAGAAGGAGAUGCUGGCAGUGAUGAAAGUGAGGACAGCGCUCCUGUUGCAGGCAAGCACAAUUACACGGACAAGCAUGAUACACGUUAUACGAUAGAAAAGAAUGGGCAUAGUAACAGCAAUGAUCUGUAUCCUGAGCCCCUACAGAGCUCGGAUACUGCUUAGCUAGCCGUACAGACAAUUGUCGUGCAUCCGUACUUGGUAUUAAGUGCAAUGUUUGUGCAGCAGCUUUCUUGUCCAUUCUUAUUGCCAGUAUGUAUUGGAGAGCUUUUCGUCCAGUGGAUGGAACACAAUUUUGCUUGCUUCAUUCGCUUCAGUUCUCUAUGAGCAGAGGACACAUGUAUAACCUCUGGGGCUGCUAUUUGCUCAGACGCAUAUACAUUCACACCAAUGUCCUUAUUCUCCUGCUAAGACCGAAAAGCGAAAAUGUGUAGCUAAUUCUUCGAA